GUACUCACCCCAAAUGCGGGUUAAUACAGUUAAAAGGCGCUUUCGUCAUUAUGGGACCAAAUCUACGCUUCCAAACAAUAAGAGCAGAUAACACAAUCGUAAAUUCACAUAAAUUGGAGAAACUUUCCAAUUGUUAUUAGUGGGAACUCAUCUGCACAGUUUACUGAAGGCACAAUCAGCCAUCACAUCUUGAAAGAGUUUGAGCCCUCGUUGAUGAUGAAAACUUUUUGGGUUUGUAUCAUCUUAACUUUAAGCCUGUCUUCAGAUUUAUCUCAGGCAGAAGGUGGCUGUCGAGAUCAAAAGAUGGAUAUUGCUAUUCUGGCUGACGUAUCUAAAAGUAUGACACCUGAGGAGCGAAGCGAUCAGAUAAAACUGAUCAAUAAACUGGUGGAAAAGAAAGGCGUUUCUUUCUCAGGAAAUCAUUUUGCUUUCAUGACCUUUGCAAAGGAAGUCAUUAUUGAGAGCAACUUCAACGAUCAGUCAUACUACGAAGAAGGCAAAUUAAAAGACUUAGUUCAGGAGAAAUCAAGCGUGAUACCUAAGUUCUGGGGAACACGUAUAGAUCUCGCCAUGGAUCUUGCCGCCAAAGAGUUGUUCAGCGAACAAGGAGGAGACAGGCCUGACGCUAAGAACGUCCUAGUCAUGUUUACAGAUGGAAAACCUGUUAAAACAAAGUGGGAUGAACGACCUGAUAUACCGUUUGAAGAUUUCCUGGAGGCAUUAGAGAGUAAAGAUGUGAGCGUAAUUGUGGUAGCAGUCGGUGAAAAAUUAUUUCAAGAAAAAACAACAAUGUCCAAGAUUGCUGGCACGCCAAAGGGAGAACUCCUUCUGUACCCCAAUUUUGAUGAUCUUCCCGGACAUUUGGACGAUAUCGUGAAAGCUACUUGUGGAAACGACCUUAAGUUUGAGAGAACAAGAAUGUUCAAGGAUUUAGUUUACAAAUACUAUUUGUAA